AUCUUCUGGGUACAGCACUAAUCAGUCUCGGGGUUUUCAGCUCUGCCCACCAGGCGGUCAUCCACAGACUACCACAGCACAAGGAAUGGAGACACUCAUGAGGUGUAUGUGGAGCUGCGGGAACUGGUGAUGGAUGAAAAGAACCAGGAGCUGCAGUGGAUGGAGGAAGCACGCUGGCUGCAGAUGGAGGAGAACCGGGGGAAGGAUGGAACCUGGGGCCACCCACACGUGUCUUACCUCACCUUCUGGAGCCUCUUUGAGCUGCAGAAAGCCUUCGCCAAGGGUACUGUCCUCCUGGACCUGCCAGAGAAAUCCCUGGCUGGGGUGGUCAACCAGCUGCUGGACAGGUUUAUCAUCGACGGGCAGAUCCGUCGUCAGGACCGAGAAAAGCUGCUGCGGACCUUGCUGCUCAAACACAGCCACGCCAGAGACAUCGAGGCCCUGGGGGGCGUGAAACCUGCGAUCUUGACUAGCUCUGGAGACCCUUCGCAGCCUCUGCUCCCACAACGUCCCUCGCUAGAGGCACAGCUCUUCUGUGAACAGGGAGAGGGGAUCACAGAAGGGUACCCGCCACCUGGAAUUCUGGAAAAGAUUCUGCAGAAUUCAGAGACCACCCUGGUGCUAGUGUUCCGCACUGAAGCAUACCUGGCCCAGAGCAAGAAGAAGCUGGUGCAUUCUCUGGAAAGCUUCCUAAACUGCAGUCUGGUGCUGCCUCCCUCAGAGGCCUCCCUCUAA